AUGGCCGAGCAGCAAAAGUUGAGUCCUGAAGGGCCAUCCCCUGAGGAUGGAGGUUCUUCAAACAACAACGCAAAAGAGCAGAAAGAGAAUGGCGAUGGCUUCAAACAGAGAAAGAGAAUGAGAGUGCCAACAUCAUGUUCUGUGUGCCGGAAGAGAAAGAUCAAGUGUGAUAAAGGGAAACCAGCAUGUAGCAGUUGUGCAAAGAGUAACGUUGGCCAUCUGUGCCACUAUAAAGAGCCUUCCUGGAUCAGCUCUGCUGAUAUAUUGAAGCAUGCUAAGCCUGUUGGUUCUGUUAACGCUGGUGGCGCCAGUGCUGGGACUCCAGGUGAUUCGGUUUAUGGCGCCGAUACAGACUCUCCCGCCAGUGCUGACUUACCACCGUCUGUUCAAAACAAGAUCGAGAGCUUGAAGGAUAAGAUCAAGCAGUUGGAGGCGUCCAUCGCAGUCACUGAGCUAUCCAGAUCAACUCCCCCAAUGUUCAACAACUCCAACUAUGGUCAAAUUGCUGCUGGUGCAAUCCAACUUCCGCAGCCUCAACCUCAACAACCAUUACCGUUCUCCAUCCCUCAACCGCCAUCCCAACCUCAACAAUCUUCACCAUUAUCAAACAAUUAUCAGUAUGCUAGUCAAUCAGCACCACCACCUCCACUCUUCAAUCCACAACCAUUUGCUCAACCAUCUUUCCAACCUUCAACUAGUUCUUUGACCAAUGUUCCUCCUAUUUCCGAAGGACCAAAGUAUGAUGAUUAUCUAAGUAAAAGAGUCAAGUUUUUCGACUAUUUACCAUUCAUUAUCAAAAAGCGUCGUUUAGAAAGUCAUGGUCCUGCUUCGUUUCUUGCGUCUUUGAGAAAGGAUAACUAUUUAUUGGUCUUGUGGACACAUAUUUGGAAAAACCUAGAAGAGUUGAAACAACAAAGUGAAGGGAAUGGUAAACAUGUAUGUCCUUUUGAUGCACAAGAAGAUGAUCCAUUGAAUUCAGAUGGUAGUAAAUGUUCUUUAAGUUAUAAGGAGUUGAAGAAGGAAAAAAUGACCCAAAAAGUUUCUAGAUUAAAUAGUGUUGGAUCUUCCAUUGAACAAACCAUAUUGGAUGUUUUACCAACUAGAAAAGUUAUGAUGAUUCUUAUCUUCAGAUUUUUCAAAUUUGUUUACCCACUCUUGCCAUUUUUGGAUGAAGGUUCGUUCCUUUUUGAAAUUGAUGGUAUUAUUGGACAACUUGGGUUUAAAGAUAACAAGAUUGAAAAAUUAAACAUCCAAAACAAGUAUGAUUUUGCAAUUGUUGGAUUGUUACUUCUUGUCUUGAAAUUAGCACAUUUAAGUAUAUCUGAAAAAGAAUUUGAAGAAAAAGAGGAUUUGAAAGACUUGAAAAAUUUCCAAUUCAACCCAAAUUUGAUUACAGCUGUUCACUUAUGUUUGGACCAAUACAAGUACUGGAGAAAACCAUUCAGUUUGAGAUUGAUGCAAUUGUUGAUUUACAUCAAGUUUUACUACAAAUUCUGUAACGAAGAUGAUGACGUGUGUGAUGGAAGUGAAAAUCAAAUCAUGUUGGGUUCACUAUUCUCAAGUGCAUAUGCUUUAGGGCUUCAUAGAGAUCCAGAUGAAUUGGUCUCACUGGCCAACUCGGUAAAGAAGAAGGCACAUGCUCAACUAUGGAGAAGAAUAUGGUACAAGUUGUUGGAAAUGGAUGCAAAUCAAUCAAUGACCUUAGGUUUACCUUUGCAUAUCAUCGAUGAUCGUUCUUAUGAUACAAAACUGCCAUUCCUUGAUGGCCAAGAAGAUGAUAAUGAUCGUUAUCUCAUCAAGGACUUCAAAUUUUGUGAGGAAAAGAGUCAAUUAUUUAGAGACAUUUACCAAGCUAUUGGAAAUAUUAAAAAUCCCCCAUCAGUUUUAGAUUUAAUUCACUUGAUUAAAAAAUCUGAAAAUUUUGCACAAUUCAAAAUUGGAUCUUUAAAAGAUAUAUUGAGUGACAAAUCACUACCAAAUUUUGCUAGAAUAAAGAAGAUUUGCUAUUUGUUUGAAGUUACUUCAGUAACUUUAUAUUUAAACACCAAUUUAUUCCGUCAUUUUGAAGAUCAAAAAAACACCAAACAAGCUUUUAAAUAUUUGGAGGAUGUUUUACAACUUUCAUUGAAAAUUGUUAAUACUGCAAUGAAUUUGGCAUUUAAUGAGGAAAUUUAUGUCGGUAAAGGUUUUGCUUUUUAUUUCAGAGCUAAUGCUGGUCCUGCCAUUUUCAGAGCUUUUUUCAACUUGUCAUCGAUAGCACUAAGAAUUAUUCAAGGUAAAGCAAUGGUGAAGGAAACCGAUAUUCAAAGAUAUGAACUUUUAAAAGAGUUUUUAGAUGUGAUUUGCUACAACCUUGAAAAUUGUUUACAACUACUGACAAAAAUGAGUGUUUCUCACUAUAACUUUACAAGACUUGUUACUGCUUUUAGAAUGAUUUAUCACAAGAUGAAAGAUCCAGGUUUUGAUUUUGAUAAAGCUGCAUUUGAUUUGUUGAAAAAUUUUGCAAGUGAUAAUAAUGUUUUACACAAUCAUCUACAAAGUUUCACACCAGAACGUAUUCCAAAAACUUUAAUCCAAGUGGUGCUGGUGGUGGCUCAUUUUAUGAUCCAGUGA